AUGACCUUUUUUGGCAUGGUUCGACUACAUGCUCCGACAAACCGUUCUUUAGCCCGUCUUAAGCGCUAUGUACAGAUAAUUCAACGUUUAAUCCGUCUUCUUGGCCUCUAUUAUAAUAUUGGGAGUGGUUCUGGUCUCUAUGCUGCUGCGUCUACUUGUGCAUCUUUCAUAAUUGGUAGGGUUAUAGCUGGCUGUGGUGCAGCUAGACCACUUCAAGGAACACAGGUAAUCGUAGGACCUUCAGUCUCAAAACUAAAGAUCCCUUCUUACUCCGGAUAUUCUUGA